ACUGAACUCGCCCCAAUUUCCGAAGUAACUCUCCCCACCUUCUUCUUGAAACGACCUAACUCGCGUUCUCUUUUUCUCCUCCACGGCGACGCAAAACCCUAAUAACCCUAGCCCUCACCCAGCGCUAAAUCCUCACUCGCCACUGGGGAGGAGAGGGGGAUUUGGCUCGAAGGAGCUUCCUCAAACCCUAGCCAUGGCGGCCCAGCCGGUGGUGAACGACCUCUACGAGACGGCGUCUCAGCCCGAUGGGAGCGGCGACGCCUACACCUUCCUCGAAUUCAACACGCAGGGGGACGACUACGACUACCCCGAGUUCCGCGAGCUCUCGCAGCCGACGCGGGCCUCGGCGUGGCCCCCUCCUCCGCCCCCGGCGUCGGAGUCGGUCCCGGACUCGCCCUCCGCCGAUCUGCAGCCCCCCGAGGCCGGGGUCGCCGCGUCGCCCUCCGCCGUGGGGUCUGCGUCGUCUGCGAAGGGGCGGGGAGGUGCCGGCAACCAGGCGGCCUCCGUCGAUGCCCUAGCGGCCGGGAUGAGCGGGCUCAGCUUCGAAGAGACGGGAGAGGACGACAAUUACGAGUUCGGGAAGGGAGGUUUCACUGAGCACGCGUGCCGGUAUUGUGGGGUGCAGAAUCCGGCGUGCGUCGUGAGGUGCAAUAUCCCGUCGUGUCGGAAGUGGUUCUGCAACUCGAGAGGAAACACCUCGGGAUCACAUAUUGUCAAUCAUCUUGUUAGAGCGAAACAUAAGGAGGUUUGCCUACACAAAGACAGUCCAUUAGGAGAAACAAUCCUUGAGUGCUACAAUUGUGGCUGUCGCAAUGUCUUCCUUCUUGGAUUCAUCUCGGCGAAAACAGAGAGUGUCGUUGUUCUCCUCUGCCGAGAACCAUGCCUGAGUGUGAACGCAUUGAAGGACAUGAACUGGGAUCUCAGCCAAUGGUGUCCACUCAUUGAUGAUAGGUGCUUCCUGCAAUGGCUCGUCAAGGUCCCUUCAGAACAGGAACAGCUGAGAGCUCGGCAAAUUAGUGCUCAACAAAUUAACAAAUUGGAAGAGCUUUGGAAGACAAACCCUGAUGCGUCUCUUGAAGACCUUGAAAAGCCCGGAGUGGAUGAUGAGCCUCAGCCAGUAGUUCUGAAAUAUGAGGAUGCUUAUCAGUAUCAAAAUGUUUUCGCACCACUCAUAAAACUUGAAGCUGAUUAUGAUAAGAUGAUGAAAGAGUCACAAAGCAAGGAUAAUGUUACAAUACGUUGGGAUAUUGGUCUUAACAAGAAGCGCGUAGCAUAUUUUAUCUUUCCAAAGGAAGACAACGAACUGAGGCUUGUUCCUGGAGAUGAGCUGCGGUUGCGAUAUUCUGGCGAUGCUUCUCAUCCUGCAUGGCAAUCUGUGGGGCAUGUGAUUAAGCUUACUGCUCAAGAGGAGGUUGCACUUGAGCUUCGCGCUAGUCAGGGAGUUCCAGUUGAUGUAACCCAUGGCUUUAGUGUAGAUUUUGUUUGGAAGAGUACUAGUUUUGACAGGAUGCAAGGGGCGAUGAAAACUUUUGCUGUGGAUGAAACAAGUGUCAGUGGAUACAUAUACCAUCAUCUUUUGGGCCAUGAAGUUGAACUUCAAGUGGUUCGUAAUACAUUACCUCGCCGCUUUGGUGCCCCUGGCCUUCCUGAACUAAAUGCCUCACAGGUUUUUGCCGUUAAGAGUGUUCUUCAAAAGCCGAUUAGUUUAAUACAAGGUCCUCCUGGCACAGGGAAAACUGUCACAUCGGCUGCAAUCGUAUACCACAUGGCUAAACAAGGUCAAGGGCAGGUCCUGGUAUGUGCUCCUAGUAAUGUUGCCGUGGACCAGCUGUCUGAGAAGAUAAGCUCAACUGGGUUAAAGGUUGUUAGGCUCUGUGCUAAAUCAAGGGAGGCUGUCAUGUCUCCUGUUGAGCAUCUUACUCUUCACUACCAGGUCCGACAUCUUGAUACAUCUGAAAAGAGUGAACUACAUAAACUACAGCAACUAAAAGAUGAACAAGGUGAACUGUCAAGCAGCGAUGAAAAGAAGUUCAAAGCACUAAAACGGGCCACUGAGAGGGAGAUAUUACAAAGUGCUGAUGUAAUUUGUUGCACCUGUGUUGGUGCUGGGGAUCCUCGAUUGGCAAACUUUCGGUUCCGCCAGGUUCUUAUUGACGAGUCUACUCAGGCAACGGAGCCCGAGUGUCUUAUCCCUUUGGUUCUUGGGGUCAAACAGGUUGUUCUUGUUGGUGAUCACUGUCAGCUGGGCCCUGUCAUUAUGUGUAAAAAAGCAGCUCGUGCUGGGUUAGCUCAGUCUCUUUUUGAGCGCCUUGUGCUACUUGGACUUAAACCAUUCAGGCUGCAGGUCCAAUAUCGAAUGCAUCCCUCCCUGUCAGAGUUUCCUUCUAAUAGUUUCUAUGAGGGUACUCUGCAGAAUGGAGUGACAGUUAAUGAGAGGCAAACAACUGGAAUUGAUUUUCCUUGGCCUGUUCCAAAUCGACCAAUGUUCUUUUAUGUCCAGAUGGGACAAGAGGAGAUAAGUGCAAGUGGAACCUCUUAUUUAAACAGAACUGAGGCUGCAAAUGUUGAGAAGAUAGUAACAACGUUUUUGAGAAGUGGUGUUAUUCCUAGUCAGAUUGGAGUUAUCACACCUUACGAAGGACAGAGAGCAUAUAUAGUGAACUAUAUGUCAAGGAAUGGUUCACUUAGGCAACAGCUUUACAAGGAAAUUGAGGUUGCAAGUGUUGAUUCAUUCCAGGGUAGGGAGAAGGAUUACAUAAUUUUGUCUUGUGUUAGGAGUAAUGAACACCAGGGUAUUGGGUUUCUUAAUGACCCACGUAGGUUGAAUGUUGCACUAACAAGAGCUCGGUAUGGGAUUGUCAUCUUAGGUAAUCCUAAAGUUCUUAGCAAACAGCCUCUUUGGAAUAGCUUGUUGACGCAUUACAAGGAGCAUGAAUGCCUUGUUGAAGGACCGCUAAACAACUUGAAGCAGAGUAUGGUGCAGUUUCAAAAGCCUAAAAAGAUUUACUAUAAUAGUAGGCUGUACCUGGGAGGUGGUCAAGGGCUCGCUAAUACAGAGAACUUUGGGGCUGUUGGCUCUUCAGGCCUGAAUGCUGAUAAGAGAGGUGGACGGGGCAAAGGUAUCCACAUCUUAGGUCAUUCUUAUGUGCCAUUUGGUCCACCGAAUGGUACUCAUAAGCCCGGUAUGCACCCAUCAGGGUAUCCCCUACCUCGAGUUCCACUUCCUCCAUUUCCUGGAGCUCCUCAUCCUCAACCCUAUGCAAUACCAACUCGUGGAGCUGUGCAUGGGCCCAUUGGAGGGGUACCGCAGGUCCCUCAACCUGGCAAUAGAGGUUUUGGGGCUGGUCGUGGUAGUACCGCUGGCCCUAUCGGCGGUCACCUGCCACAUCAGCAGAACAGCCAACAAGCUUUGGGUGGUAUUGGAUCGCCUUUUAACUUCCCUCCCUUUGAAAACCCAAACAGCCAGCCCUCUGUUGGGGGCCCAUUAUCUCAAGCUGGGUUGAUGACACAGGUACCGGCUCAAGGGCUUAGCCAAGCAUUUCGUGAUGGAUUCUCUAUUGGUGGCAUGUCUCAGGACUUCUUGGGUGAUGACUUUAAAAGCCAAGGAUCUCAUGUUGCAUACAACAUGGCAGAUUUUUCUACACAGGCCUCGCAAAGUGGGUAUGGUGUUGACUAUGCCACUCAAGGACCUCAAGCUGGAUUCCCUGGGAGUUACCUAAACCAAAACAUGCAACCUGGAUACUCCCAUUUGGGCACCAGCACUGAUUUUAUUUCUCAGGAUUACAUGGCCCAUGGAUCACAAGGUCUUUUCACACAAGCUGGAGUGAAUGACCCGUUGCAGGAUGACGCAUCGCAGGUCCACUUUGGCAUGGGUGCACCUGGCCCUCUUCAGUCACAGGGACUCAUGAACAAUCCCCUCUACUCCCAAUCAUUCGCUCAUUAUAACACCCAACCCCAAACCCUUCAGCCACCACCACAACAAAAUCAGAGCUCGCCUACUCAGAAACUUCACUACAACGGCUGAAACGGUGCAGGUUCAUUUUGAAAGUGACGUGGGUGACAUCCUUUGCAUGCAGAUGUUGUGCCUUUUUGCACUGUUAGCGCAAGAUAUUGCAGGUUUUGGAGAUUGCUUGGCACAAUUUGUAGAAUGGUAUGAAUUGCAGGCUUGGAGAGAUUUCAAAGGUGGCAAUGGCUAUUGACUUUCAUGGCAACCUGAGCUUGGGCUUUUUAACCCUCGAAGGAGGCGAUCUCGAGGCCUAUCUUCUUUGGAUAGAAAGGGCAAUGACUAUUAUCGCCGCUUUGAAAGUAGCCAGCUGGUGAUGAAUAAUUACUGUGAAUACAUAAGCUGUACUUUGGCGAAGUGAAGCUGCCAACUAUAUUCACCUGCAUAUAGUGCAUCAUGGCGUCGGCCCAGUUUCUGCAGUGCUACGAGGUGGUCAACCCUUGUGGAAUCCUUUCGUAAUCCUUGCUUUGAUGGAGAUGAAAACUUUUAGCGGUGCCUUUAAUAGAUUGAUGUAUAAAAACAUAGGUAAUUAAUUGUAAGAGACUUGAAAGUGCUGCUGCUCCCUAUAAUGCAGCUUUUGGAAGCGUGGUUGAUUCCUUUUUGUGCGUCAUUGUAGCUUGCAUGGCUAUAUCUAAUUCUCACAGCUUAUGUUUUUAUUGAUUUUGAUAUUUGACCAUGAUUUUGGACGAAUGUUUAUUUGCCUUGGCUAAGCUUGUUCAUCACCAAGAUCAGAUUUUCCAGGCGCACGCUUUUUAUGUAAUUUUAUUUCGUCGGUUGAGUUGAAUAUAUAAGAGGUGAUCGUUUGUUAUUUAA